UCAAGCAACCAUGGUUCGAGAUGCCUGUAGAUGCUGCAGACCAGGUGGGGAUCCCGACAAGAUGCUUCUUCCGCCAAAGUGGCCGUCCAGAGGUGUGGCAAGGCAAAGCGCUGGAGCACAGCGCUGCAAUUGCUCGGCGAAGCUUCUAGACUGCGUUUGCCUGUCAGCAGAGGAGAUUAUAUUGCGACUGUUAGCGCAUGCAGACAAGGUGGGCAGUGGCAGCGGGCCUUGCUGAUUUUCGGCGAAAUGGUGCAGGCGAAGGUGGAGGCCAACGUCAGCUACAAUAAUGGAAUUAGCGCGUGCGAGAAGGGUAGGCAGUGGCAGCGGGCUUUAGCGCUGCUCAGCGAGAUGUGGGAGGCUAAGGUGGAGCCCGACGUUUUCAGCUACAACGCUGGGAUCAGCGCGUGCGAGAAGUGCGAGCAGUGGCAGCGGGCUCUGGCGCUGCUGUGCGAGAUUUGGGAGGCGAAGCUCGAAGCGUCCGUCAUCAGCUACAACGCUGUGAUCAGCGCUUGCGGAAACGGCUUCCAAUGGCAGCGAGCUCUGGCGUUGCUUAGCAAGAUUUGGGAGGCGAAGCUGGAGCCAGACGUCAUCAGUUUCAACGCUGGGAUUAGCGCGUGCGAGAAGGGUGAUCAGUGGCAGCGGGCUCUGGCGCUGCUGAGAGAGACGUGGGAGGCAAAACUGGAGCCCAAUUCAGCUACAAUGCUGGGAUCAGCGCGUGCGAAAAGGGCGAUCAGUGGCAGCGGGCUCUGGCGCUACUGAGAGAGAUGUGGGAGGCGAAGGUGGACCCCGACGUUAUCUACGCUACAGUGCUGGGAUCAGCGCAUGUGAGAAGGGCGAGCAGUGGCAGCGGGCCCUGGCGCUGCUGAGCGAGAUGCGUGAGGUUAAGCUGAAGCCCAACUCAGCUACAGCGCUGGGAUCAGCGCGUGCGAGAAAGGCAGACAGUGGCAGCGGGCUCUGACCUUGCUCAGCGAGAUGUGGGAGGUAAAGUUGGAGCGCGGCGUCAUCAUUACAACGCAGGGAUCAGCGCGUGCGAGAAAGGUGAGCAGGUGCAGUACGCUCUGUUGCUGAUCAUGGAGAUGCGGGAAGGAAAGCUGAAGCCCAACGUCAUCAGCUACAAUACUGGGAUCAGCGUGUGCGUGAGAGGUGGGCAAUGGCAGCAAGCCCUGUCGUUGCUGAGUGACAUGCGGAAUUCGAAUUUAGAGCCCGACUCGUCAGCUACAGCGCUGGGAUCAGCGCGUGCGAGAAAGGCGCGCAGUGGCAGCAGGCCCUGUCGCUGCUCGGACAGAUGCGGGGGGCGAAGGCGGAGCCCGGCUCAGCUACAAUGCCGGGAUCAGCGCGUGCGAGAAAGGCGGGCAGUGGCAGCGGGCCUUGAUGUUGCUGAGCAAAAUGCGGGAGACGAAGGUUGAGCCAAGCGUCAUUAGCUACAACGCUGGGAUCAGCGCGUGCGAGAAAGGCGAGCAAUGGCAGCGGGCUCUAGCGCUGCUCAGCGAGAUGCGGGAGGUGAAGCUCGAGCCCGUCACCUACAGCGUUGGGAUUAGCGCGUGCGAGAAAGGCGGGCAGUGGCAGCGGGCUUUGAAGCUGCUCAGCGAGAUGGGGGCGGUGAAGUUGAAGCCCGACGCGAUGAUCUUCAGCGCUGGGAUCGGCUUGUGCGAGGAAGGCGGGCAGUGGAGGUGGGGUCUGGCGCUGCUCAGAGAGAUGUGGGAGGCGAAGUUAGAGAUCGGCAUCAUCAACUACAACGCCGGGAUCAGUGCGUACGGGCAGGGCGAGCAGUGGCAGCGGGGCCUGGCGCUGUUCAGGGGCAUGUCGGAGGCGAAGACAGAGCCAAACGUCAUCAGCUACGGCGCUGGGAUGAGCACGUGCAAUGGGGGCGAGCAGUGGGAGCGGGCUCUGGCGCUGCUCGGCGAGAUGCGGGAGGCGAAGCUGGAGCCCAGAGCCAUCUCGCCUGCAAUGCCAGGCACAGUUCAGGAGGGGAAAAAC